CACUGGCCUUUGGGUGCCUCCGCCGACUGCACACGGUGUACCAGACAGCGGAGCUGCCAGAAACCCACCAGAUGCUGCGUCAGACGUGCCGGGACUUCGCAGAAAAGGAGCUGAUGCCUCUCGCAGCUCAGCUGGAUAAGGAGCACCGCUUCCCGGCCGAGCAGGUGAAGAAGAUGGGUGGUUUAGGGCUGCUGGCUAUGGAUGUGCCAGAGGAGUAUAAAGGAGCAGGCCUCGACUAUCUGGCCUAUUCCAUUGCCGUGGAGGAGAUCAGCAGGGGCUGCGCGUCCACGGGCGUCAUCGUCAGUGUCAAUAAUUCCCUGUAUUUAGGGCCGAUACUCAAGUUUGGCUCUGAAGAACAGAAGCACAAGUGGAUUGCUCCCUUCACCAGUGGGGAUAAAAUUGGAUGUUUUGCCCUUAGUGAACCAGGAAACGGCAGUGAUGCAGGCGCGGCAUCUACAGUGGCACGCCUGGAUGGUGAUGAGUGGGUUCUGAAUGGCACCAAGGCCUGGAUCACCAAUGCCUGGGACGCCUCGGCCACUGUGGUGUUUGCUACUACGGAUAAAUCCCUGAAACACAAGGGCAUUAGCGCGUUCCUGGUUCCCAUGCCAACUGCUGGGCUGUCACUGGGAAAGAAAGAAGACAAGCUGGGAAUCCGAGCCUCUUCCACUGCUAACCUGAUAUUUGAGGACUGCCGGAUACCCAAGACCAACCUACUGGGGCAGCUGGGAAUGGGCUUCAAAAUCGCCAUGCAAACUCUGGAUGCAGGAAGGAUUGGUAUCGCCUCACAGGCUCUUGGAAUAGCCCAGGCAGCUCUGGACUGCGCUGUGGAUUAUGCUGAAAAGAGAAUGGCCUUUGGGUCACCCAUCACAAAGCUACAGGCAGUGCAGUUUAAGCUAGCAGAUAUGGCCAUGGCCUUGGAGGGUGCGCGCUUACUGACCUGGAGAGCUGCUAUGCUAAAAGACAAUGGGAAGCCCUUCACAAAGGAAGCGGCGAUGGCCAAGCUGGCUGCAUCAGAAGCUGCAACGGCCAUUGCUCAUCAGGCCAUCCAGAUCUUAGGUGGGAUGGGUUACGUGACAGAUAUGCCAGCAGAACGCCAUUACCGUGACGCUCGCAUCACAGAGAUCUAUGAGGGGACCAGUGAGAUCCAAAGACUGGUGAUAGCAGGUCAAUUGCUGAAGGCCUACCGUAGCUGAAGAAGUGGAUUGGAGCAAGACACUGCCCCAAAGUGCUCUGUAACAGUGCACUACAGUGAUCAAGUCUUGGCCCUCUUGAAUGAGGCUAAUGAUGGAAGUUUUUCCUCACCAAUGAGUAACUGACCCUCUUGUUAAUACGUGCUGAUUCUUCUUUGGACAAAGUAUGGUGCAUGGAAGGCCAUAUCUAGGUUUGUAA